CCAGCACCGCCAUCAUCGAUUCGCCCCGAUGGCCAUUCCCACAAAGAAUAAACAGUUUACAACUCAUUAAUGACAGCAUACAGCCUUAAUAACCAACACAUUAAUCUAAUCUACAUCCCAACAAACCCCCUCUUCUCCUCAACCACACCCACCACCAAAACAACCUCCUCUUCUCAUCACCAUCUACAAUGGACAGCAGCCACAGCCCUUCCUCGCCAAAGGAAAUCCGCAUCCUAACACUAAACUGCUGGGGCCUAAAAUACAUCUCAGCCCUGCGCGUCCCCCGCGUCGCCCAAAUCGCCCAGCAACUCGCCUCACUCUCGCCAGCACCUCAGAUCGUCGCGCUACAAGAAUGCUUCACGCAGCAAGACUUCCAGACCAUCCACCAAACGACGCGCUACAUUCUGCCAUACGCCAAGUUUUACUAUGCGGGCGUGUUUGGCGGCGGCCUCGCCAUUCUCAGCGCAUGGCCCAUUGAAGAGGGCGAGAUGACGACGUAUCCUCUCAACGGUCGACCAUCUGCCUUUUGGCGCGGCGACUGGUACGUCGGCAAAGGCAUAGCUCGCGCCAAGAUCCGCUUUGGAGACGGCGACAAGGACGUUGUCGAAGUCUUCAACACACAUACUCAUGCCCCGUACGGCACCGCACCUGGAAGCCAGUACACCGCACACCGUACCUCCCAGGCAUGGCUGAUGCGGUCUCAGAUCCAGCGGGCCGCUCAGACCGGCGCUCUCGUCGUAUCGCUAGGCGACUUCAACAUGCUCCCGCUCUCCCUCGCACACCGCAUCAUCUCGGCCUCGCCAGUCCGUGAUACUUGGCGCGUCAUUCACCCUUCGUCGUCUCUCGGCCCGUCGUCACACCCCGCCGAGGCAGCGCGCGGUCUCCCUAUCCCAACCGCAGAGACCAACCUGUUACUUAAUGGCGCCACUUCUGACAGCGUCUACAACACGUGGCGCUGGAACAAACCUGAGCAGCAGCGUCUGUCCAAGGGCGAUCCGCAGCCCGUAGACCCAACGACGCCGGAUCCUCGUGGAAAGCGUCUCGACUAUGUCUUUGCUUCUACUGGCGCGGAACCAGGCUCUAAGCGUGGUUGGGUGGUAAAUUCUGUGGCAGUGGGAAUGACGGAGCGCCAUCCAAGUCUCCAUGUCUCCCUCUCCGACCACUUUGCCGUCUGCACAACACUCAAAUAUCACGAUGUAGAUGCAGAUGUCGCCAACGCCUCCUAUGAAGAGCAACUACAGUAUAACCACAAAGAGCAAGAUGCAUUAUCAGAAGAGGUGCUGGAUGAGAUUCUUGCCAUGAUCCACGAAUUCACCGCCGGCGAGCAGAGACAGCAGAAAUGGCGCUCUAUACACUUUUACAUAUCUGUAGUCUUUUGGAUAGCCGCCAUGGUUGCUCUGGAUUUUACUGGUGCAUUUGCGGUUCUCUUGGCCGUCGUUGGCAGUCUAGUCCUCUUGUCCGGUGUCAUAGAUGGCCUCAUUGCCCUCAUCUUCUUCUCAUGGGAACUGAGAAGCCUCAAAGAGUUUGAAUGGCAAAUCAACAAUGCAAAGCAAAGCAUCCGACACAAGAUAUUAUGAACCUGAAGACAACGUUCUAGUGUAAAUACCAAAAUAGCAAAAGAGUACUUAUUAAUGUCUAUUUAAGAAUAAGUCAUGCCAUCGU